GAUCAGGUUCUCUCGCCGGUGUUAAAAUGGCGGAAACGGCGGAGGGCGAAGCUGCCUUAAAUCUUAAGUGGAGAAAGAUAACAACAACCACUGGCCCUUCUCCUCAACCCAGGCAUGGGCACAAGGCUGUCUCCAUUAAAGAGCUCAUUAUUAUAUUCGGAGGAGGCAAUGAUGGCAUUAUAGACACUCUCCACGUGCUGAACACUGCUACCAAUCAAUGGUUUGCCCCACAGGUUAAAGGAGAGAAGCCGAGCGGUUGCGCUGCAUUUGGAUUCAUCUGUGAUGGAGUCAGGCUCCUUACAUUCGGAGGAAUGGUUGAAUUUGGACGCUAUUCGAAUGACUUGUAUGAGCUACUGGCCAGUAGGUGGGAGUGGCGGAGGUUGACUCCACUCGGCGAGCCCCCUUGCCCUCGUCUUGGUCAUUCAUUUAAUCUUGUUGGACAGAAGGCGAUCAUCUUUGGCGGUUUGGCAAACGAAUCAAAUGAUCCUAAACUUAACAUACCAAAGUACCUCAAUGACAUUCAACUCCUUGAGAUAAAGGAAGGGACUUCUCUCCAAUGGCAUGCGCCUACUUUUGACGGUCCCAUCCCUCCUGUGCGUGAGAGCCACACUGCCAUUACAUGGGGGACCAAACUGGUUGUGUACGGUGGGAUGAACGGGAAGAGACUGGGGGACCUUUGGAUACUUGAGACGGACCCGUGGAAAUGGACCAACGUUGCAUCUCAGGGUAAAGUUCCAUUGCCAAGGAGCCUUCAUGUAUCGGCUAUCAUUAAGAACAGGAUGUACACAGUUGGUGGUUGGGUGCCUGUAAUGAACAAAGAGGGCGAGCAGGCUCAUGAAGCUGAAUGGAAGUGCACCAAUUCACUUGCUUGCUUUAAUCUUGAUACCAGCUCUUGGGAGCCAUGCCCCAAUUAUCCAGAGACCGAUGAUCGUGAUGAUGUCAUUGGACCAAGAGCCGGCUCCUGUGCUGCCGUGGUUGGUACCCGCAUGUACGUAUGGAGUGGAAGGGAUGGGUACAAGAAAGUAUGGAACAGUCAGCAAGUUUGUUGUUCUGAUUUGUGGUACCUGGAGACUGAGAUACCCCCUCCUCCUGCUAGAGUCCAGCUGGUACGUGCCGGCACGCAUAGCCUUGAGUUACUUUGGACAGCCAUUUCCUCUGCUGAUAAUUACCUGCUCCAGGUCCAAGAGUACUCCUCCUCAUCUUCUACUACACCAACAGCAACUCAGCCUCCAAAAGGAGAGGAGACUAAACCUGGAGCUCCUCCCACUGCCCCGCCCCCUGCUGCUCCUGCUCCUGCUCCUGCCGAACAGAGCAAGUGGUAUGAUGUUGACGUUAUUAAGGGCACACAGUAUGUUGUUACUGCUUAUCAAGUAUCUGUUGAAGACCCCACUAUGGCAGGAGAGACAAAGCUCCAGCGGGUAGAGCUUCUCUCAGGGCGUGCCUACAAGUUUCGGGUCUGCGGGUUGAACUCAUGUGGGCGUGGUCCAUUCUCCGAAGUUGCUGCUUUCAAAACAUGCAUGCCAGGUUUCCCUGGAGCUCCAUCUGCCAUUAGGAUCAGCAAGAGUUCUGAAGGAGCUCAUUUGUCAUGGGAACCUCCUGCUAAUUCAGCUGGUACAAUAUCAGAGUAUUCAGUGUAUCUUGGUCUUAAGCCUCAAGCUGGGGCACAGCCCGGUACAAUGGCAUUUGCACGUGUUUAUUGUGGUCCUGGAAGUUCUUGUGUAGUGUCUCACAGUCAGUUAGGAUCUGCUCAUAUUGACAUGACAUCAAAGCCAGCCAUCAUAUUCCGUAUUGCAGCUAAGAAUGACAAGGGGUAUGGCCCUGCUACUCAAGUGAGGUGGCUCCAGGAUCCAAAGCCUGCCGAUAAAGCUGCAGCUGCUGUCGCUAAGAGACCUGCCUCCUCCCCUCCAGCUGCCGAAGAAGCAAAGAAGGCAAAAGUCAACUAGAGGGGAGAGUCCCUUUAGUCUUUCCCUGUACCUCCAAUGCAGUAUUUUCUUGUGCAAAGUACACAUGUAGCACAAAACUUUCUGUUUCAUUUCUUUUGUCUUUUUCUCUCCAUCUAUUUUCAUUUAAUUGACUUUCGGUAUCUCUUUGUAGCGAAAUGUGCAUGUCAUUAUUCAUCAUUGUGACGUACAUGUAUUUGCUAUGUUCUACUUAACCAGUUUUUGUGUUUCAUUUUGCUACUUAUGCAAAAAUUUUCAUUUAACCUUCUCUGUACUAUUAA